AAACAAAAUAAAAUUUUAGGAUUAUUUAAAAACUUUACAAUUUUUGUUGUUAAAUAGUUUUAAUUUUGUAGAUGAGGUGAUAUAGUUUAUUAAAAAAUUCCAUGGUAAAAAGUAUCGCAAUUGACAGAGCGUCAUUGUACGUAAUGGAGUCGAUGUUCUAUUCAACAAAGUUGUGAUUGAAGAAUUUGAUUAUUUUUAUUGAAAUAUCACAUAAAACUGUGUGUAAUUGUGUGUCGAUGAAGUGAAGUGAACAUUUAUUAGUAUUUUAUGGAUACCAAGACCAAUAAAACGUGUUUAAACAACCUCAUUUGCCCAUCAAUGAACGACAGCAGCGAAAGGAACAAUACAUUGAUAUUAUGCGCGCUAUAAUAAAGCCCGAACACAUAAUCGGAACGCCCAAUCACGCGGGUUAAUGGUUCUAAGAGGGCAAGUUUGUUUUCCAACAUCAGAUGAAGGAAUGGCGUCAGAUCAACCCGUUAAGAAGAAACAGAGGAUAGAUGGGCCGGAUAUCGAUGACGGGAGUGACAGGUCCGCUGAGGAUAUCCUCGCGGACAUAUACGACUCUGAAACCCCACCGGCUGAUACGUCAGGGGAUUAUGCGUCGAGAAACGGUGAGUCUCCGGACAGCGGGACCGUAAGUGAAGACGCGGUGGAUUGCUCCACCAUCCUGAGGCUGCCGAGUGAUACAAAUGUGGACAUUAUCCCUUCGUCUUCUACCACGCCACACUGGACUGUAGCGGAUGAUAAGCUCCUCGCUGAGCUACGGAUAAUCCAAACUGCACUAGUGGGUCAAUGUUUGUGUGGUUUUAAUGAAAACACUCUCUCUCAGCUGUUUGAUCGCCGACUGCAUAUAGUGGCGUGGCCUUUGACCUGCUCCUUAACUUAUCUAUCGACUAUGCAGCUUAUGUUCGACAUAUAUUUGAAACAAAACCACACAGGCACUAUAUGUUCCAGAUUAAUGUAUGCAUGUGAUAUAUUUGUCAGGAACAGGCACGAUUGGAUAUCUGAGGUUGUUGAACUCUCAGAGCAUAAAAGUAAAUUCAUGACAUUCGUAGCUUGCAGGGUAUUAGCUAGUUUUUUAAUAGUUUCAAAAGACACUGUUGAUGAAAAUUGGUUGCAACAGAUAACUGAGAACAUAUAUUUGUUUGAUAGGAUAAACAGGAUAACUGUUCAGAAAAUAAACUUCAGCUUAGACAUAAUUAAGAGGAUAGUGGAGUGGAAAGAUGUGGAACAGCACCCUUUAGAGGAAAGUAGCUAUAUAAAUACAGCAGGAAGUGUGCAAGUUCAAGAAGACAAUCCUUUUAGAAGUAGCACAAGUGGUAGUAGUAGUAGUGGUAAUGCGCAAACGCCUAGUAUUUCUAGUUCUCGUAGUGAUAAUUUACAUAGUGCCUUUUCCAAUUUGCAAACUCAGAGUUCACCGUCUACAUCUGGUGAUAAGUCUAGUAGUAAACCUGUACAGUUUAAACUCCACGAGCCAGUGUUUAAGUUUCCUGCUGAGACAGCAAAUAUGGAGCAAUCUGUGUCACCAGAACCAUCACCUGCGAGGAUAGAAAGGGUCAACGAACAUGGCUGCAUAACAGUCAUGUUGACUGACUCAGAAUCUUUUGACACAUCUCAUAUUAAGUGUUUAACUAUAAAAACUUUGGAACACCAUUGGCCGGUGCUGGUCAAAAACAUGAAGCUACUCCUGCUAAGGUACCUGAAUUUAUCUAAUGCUGAAAAUUGUAUAUUAACAUUUUUCUCCCUAUGGGAGAACAUUAUUAGUGUGAAGGCGAAUCUCUCAGUGAUUGAUACAAAACCAUUUUAUGCAGACUUGCAAGGUUUUGUUGAUUUAUUAAGGAACACUAUGCUGCCCAGUUUAAUUUACACACAUUUGCUUAGUUUGUUUAAUGAAGUUCUUUGUUAUGGUUCAACAUUGGCUCUACAGGAUAUAUUGCCUGAAGAGAUAUGUUGUCUAGCUCAUUCUAUGGUGAGAUAUGUUAAAGACUUUAGACUGUUAAGUGAGGUGCGAGUGCAGAGGAGUAGGAGUGGGUUUGGUUUCCUGGGUCAUAACUGCUCGGUAGUUAGAGAUUACACGCUGGGUCCGGAGGUUGCGCCUUUGUCAUCUUCGAUACAAUUGGUUGAUCAGAGCUAUGGGGAAGAUGAUAAUGACGACUCCUCCCAGUCAAGGAAUGAAGUAGACAAGACGAUGCUGCAGCAAAUGUCUUUAUUAGUACUCAAAUCUGUAGCUGUUACAGUUAAGGAGAUGCGUUGUGAUUCCUCAGACAGUUCGAUAGACUCAUCUGAUUAUAACGCUAUACAAGACAUGCAGAUUGUAGAAAGAUCUAUUCGUGAUGUUUUGAAAAAGCUUGAUGUGUUCAUUAGAAACUGCUUUGAGUUCCAUCCAGAGACUCCAUUCACAAAAAUGCUUAUACAUUUAUUUAGUGAACAAGAUGAUUAUCUGAUUGAAUCUAUGGUUUGCACAUUGGAUAUAACAGUUGGUAUAGUGUAUAGAAAUUCAAUGUACCCAGACUUGAUACCCAUGUUGAAUCCCAUUAUGUCUUUUAUAGAAUUUCUUAAAGUUGUCUCCCACGAUAGCGAUGUUCUAUUGGAUUAUCUUGUGAGUAAUGAAACAUGCUUCCUUUUGUAUUUGCUUCGGUUUCUCAAGUAUGUAAGGAGGAAUUGGCCCAAGUUUCUGGAAACAUGCCAGCAAGCUGAUUCCGGUGGCAACAGAGGGCUUGACGAUACAAUGAGGGUGCUUAUAAGGUUGAGAUUACAGAUAAGUAGGCUGGUAUCUAGGUCUCUGUUCCCUUACAACAUAAGUCCAGUGUUGAGAUUAUUAGAAGUUUGUGAGAGUCUGUAUGAAGGUAAUGAGUUUAGUUGAAUGACAAUGCUGCCAUUAUUGAGGGUACAAAUUAUUUUUUAAUAUAUAACAUGAUAUUUGUCUUGUUGCAAUUAUUAUCAAAUAUAGAAUGUUCUCUUGGCCAAUGCAGUGUUAAAUAUUUUUUUGUUUAUUAUGAACUUUUCAUUAAAUUCUUGAUUGCUGUUGUAAGGAGGUGUAAUCCAUGCAUUUGGGAAUAUUUUGUCAACAGAUAACCUGAGUGGCGUUUUCAAGUUUUUUUUUUUUGCUGAAAAUAGCAAAAAAUAUAUUUUCAAAUUGCUGAGAUUGUAAAUUUAAAUAAUUGUAUGAUUUGGUACCUUGUCCUUUCAAUAAAGACUGGCAACUUGUAACAUUCCAUUGGUUAAUUAUUAUUUGUUUAAUGUUAAGAGUUUUUAGUACCUACUUAUUAGGCUAAAAUGAUUAAUUUAUAUUAAAUGUAAUUAUUAUAUGUAAUGAUAUAAUAACUUAACUACUCAUAAUAAAUUAAAGUCUUCCUCCAAUGAGUUAAUGUAAAAAAAUUGCACAGUUAAAUAAUAAUUAUUAUUGCGCAAUAUAAUAAAAUAAUAUUUUAUUAAUUGAAAAACCUGAAGUGCCUUACGACUUACGAUGAGUUCAAAUGGUGCUAAAUUAUAAAAAUUUAUAGUUUGAAUAAUUAAAACUAAUACAUGUUUUUUUUUGUGUUUUAAUGAUAUUAUUGGUCUUUUUUGAAUUGUUUCAUGAAUUUGUUUCAUCCCAUAAAACUCGUGUCUUUAAUUAUUGUCUUCUAAAAUGUUCAUUUACUGAUUUCAAUUUUUUUAAUUUUUUUAAUAUUUUACAAAAUGCUGUCAAAAGUCAACAUCUCAUCAAGCGUUGUUAUAGUAUUUGACGCAUACAUUUUGACAGGUUUUCGCGGAAUUAUCAAAACAAAAUUAGUUUUGACACAUGAAAUUCCGCUUAGUGACCUUAAGUUAUGUUCUCUAGACUUUCAUUUAUUUUUAUAUUAAUACAUAGAUGUCAUAAUAAAUAGGUUUUACAUAAAAUUAAAUUAAUUUAUGUUAUACCUAGCGUUUAGUUAAAUUCAGUAGCUAUAGAUUUAAUUUAUUUCCGUCAGGUUGUAUAUUUUUUAGUUUUAAAGCAUACGAAAAUGCGGGUUUUAAAUAUGUAACUUUUAAAAAUAAUAUUAAUUUUAUUAUUCUUUAAACUAAAUUAUAUCACUGUUCAUCAUGUAAAUAUUACUUUGCCAUUAAUUUUUUACCAUGUAAUUAUCGUAAUAAAUAUAAUCAGUAUUAAUACAUUAUAUACAUUAUAAUUUAUAUUAUAUACAUCAUACUUAGCAAUAAUUUUAUAUGAAAGGUAUUUUUUUAAACUCAACAAAACUGUUUUAAUAAUUUAUCCCAGAUAUUCGUUUAAUUUGCAAUUAAGCAUAAAAAACACACAGAAUAAAUUAAACUUAUUUUAUUAUUCACAGUAAUCUUUGUCUAUUUAGGUAUAAUUUUAAUUUUCAAUGUCUUGAAACUAUGCAAUCAUAAUAUAAAUUAAAAGCAUUAAAAAAUGUUGCCAUAAAUGUGGUGUACAAUAAAUAGGUUGAUAUUAAUUCUGUAUUUUAUUAUUAAAAAUGAAUCAAUUUUAUUUUUUUACACACCAUGUUUACCAACUUAGCAUUCGCCAAUUUUGUGUUAUACAUGGGAUAUAAUUUCUAGAAAAGACAGCGUUUAGACAUAUCAUGUUCAUUAGUCGAAAUUAAUUCAUUUCCUAUACAGAAUAAAGAUUUAACAUCAUUAAGUAAAUAACUACUAUAUUCCAUAUUAUUGAGUUUUAAAGAUCUUAUGGCAGCUAAUUGAAAGUUGUAUAAUUACUUCAAAAUAGUUUUUUUUACAGAACAUAGUCAUGUCUUACAUACUGAUAUAGUCUCCAUUAAAUAAUAAUGAGUAAGGAAUCUCAAUGGUUAUCAAACAGACUUCUAUAUAUGUAAUACUAGAAAAUAUAUAAAACGCAAUGUGGUUUGAAAAAAAAUCCAUAAAUAGAAUCAUACUAAAAUUCACAAUCUUGUUUGACCAACCAACUCUGUAACUAAAAAUGUCACAACAAAAAUGCGUUACAAAAUUAUAAUUUAUUAUCAAUACUUUGAUUUAAUAAUGUGUUUCCGUAAGAUGAUGUUUUCAAUCCCUGAAGUAUGUAAUUUAAUUUUCCCUAAUUCCGAAAAUCCUGUUUGUGUAAGUUUAAAAUUUCGAGAUGUAAUCAUAUAACGCAGAGCGCAAAAUUAAAUUGUUUAAUACGUUCAAAAUCGGUUGAUAAAAAAGCAGGUACUUUAAAGUCACUUUUGUACUGUACUUUGUAAACUAUCCUUAAUUUAGCCCCACUUUGUAUCAUGGAUAAGAUUAUCGAAAGUUCGUCUGUUUGUUUGCACUAUUGUAACAAGAUAGGGAUUUUCAUUAUAUACUUUGCUGUUAGUACAUUUUCAUUCUUAACUGUAACUUCGUAGUUAUUGUAUCAUUUGUUUGUAUCGGAAAUAGUUAAGGUAGACUUAACUUUGUUAAUGUUUAGUAAUGGUUAAUUUAAUAAAAUGAAAUAUUUUUGUACAUGACGCGAA